AUGGAGGGGGCAGCGCCGGACCCCGCAGGGGACGGCCUGCUUGCCGAGGAGGAGGACCUGUACGACGCGGAGGCCUGCGACGUGCCCGACCCUGGGCUGCUCUCCGAGGAGGACGAGCUGCGCCUCUCGGGACCCCCGCACGCCACGCAGUCCUUGGCCGGCAGCCAGAGGUGGCGCAGCCUCACGGUGCGCGCCCGUGCCCGCCAGCUGUGGCUCCUCCUGCGCGCAGGCCUCCACGACCUGGUGGAAAAGGAGAAGCGAGCAGAGCUGCGGGUCGCGCGCCUGACCCACGGCCUGGAGCCCCUGCGCCGUCUGGAGGUCCCUGCUGGGCUCCGCUCCGUGGCAAUAGACCCGUCAGCCGGACGCUUCGUGGUGCUCGACGGUGAGGGCUGCCUGCACCUGCACCGAAGGGAUGGCUGGGCGCAGGGCAAGCUGCUGGCCCCCGGCGCCCUGAUGGGGCUGGCGGCUGUGCUGGGCCCACUGGGCGCCGUGGGCCGCUUUGUGGGCUGGGGCCCGGCAGGACUGGCCAUCUUGCGGGCUGACCUCAGCCUGCUGUGGACCAGUGAGCCCAGAGUAGGCUGCGAGAUCACCUGUUGCUUGCCGGUACCUGACCUGGGGCUGCUGUUGGUGGUGGAGGAGGCCGGCCGCCUGGCGCUGUGGAGGUUCCGCUCGGGGGGUCGCUGUCUGGUGCCACGGGGGUCGCCCCUGCAGCUCCCGGCCAGCCUAGAGGGGACGCUGAAGCGACUGGCUCUGUGGCCGGUGCCCCCUCACGGCCUCCCACGCUGCCUGGUGGCCUACGGCUCUGCAGUCCUCACCCUGGACCUGCAGGACUGGGCUCUUGUGGAUGUGCGCCGGGAUCUGCACAAAACCACCGUAUCGGACCUGGCGUACUGCGAGGAGGUGGAGGCCUUGGUGACUGCAUCCCGUGACACCACGGUGAAGGUGUGGGAGUCCGACUGGCAGAUCCGGAUGGUGUUUGUGGGCCACACAGGCCCGGUCACAGCGAUGGCUGUGCUCCCCGGCACCACGCACGUGGUGUCAGCCUCGCAGGAUGGGACGCUGCGCACCUGGGACCUGCAGGCGGCGGCACAAGUGGGCCAAGUGUCACUGUGCUGCUGGUGCCAGGACGCGCUGUCGGCGCGUGUGAGCCGCUUGCUGGCCCCUGUUGGCCCGGGCUGGCCCAUGCUCUCACUGAGCACCAACGGCUUGGGGCUCUGGUCCCUGCGUGAGCUCCACUCGCCGCUGGCACAGCUGCCGGCGCCCGUGCUGCAUCUGCAGGUGGCGCCCACGCUGCCCAUGCCCGUGCACCCGUCGCUGCCGCCGCGUCUGGUGUGCGCCUGCGCUGACGGCUCCGUGUACCUGCUGUCGGCUGCGACAGGGCGCCUGGUCAGCGUGCUCUUGCUGGAGCCCGAGGACUGCGCGGCGGCAGUGGCUUACUGCCUGCCGCGUGAGGCGCUGUGGCUGCUGACCCGAGCUGGGCACCUGGUGCGCGCCAAUGCGGCGAGCUGCCCCAUGCGUGUGCUGCACCGCCUGCCCCCGCCACCGCCCUCAGAGCCGCAGCGCUGCUGCCUGCACCUCUACAGCCACCUCCCAGACGCCGCCAGCGCCUUCGCCACCUGGGAGCUCGUGCGCCAGCACAGGGGCGAACUGCACCACAGCGUGGCGGCCCGGGCCGGGAAGAGCAAGAACCGGUUUCUGCCUGUGCUGGGCCACACGGACGGGUUCCUGUCGGUCUUGGAUGUGCUCACGUCCCAGACGGUCUUCCGCACCGAGGCGCAUAGCCCAGGCCCGGUCAUGGCCAUUGCGUCCACCUGGAGCAGCAUCGUGUCCUCCGGCGGAGACCUCACGGUGAAGAUGUGGCGUGUCUUCCCCUACGCUGAGGACAGCCUGAGCCUGUUACGCACCUUCUCCUGCUCCCACCCAGCCCCAUGGCUCUGUGCGCUGGGCAAGCGCAUCACGGUGGGCUUUGAGGACCCUGGCAGUGCCACCUAUGGCCUGGUGCAGUUUGGCCUGGGCAAGAGCCCGCGCUGGGACCACCGACCCCAGGACGACCCCUCGGAUCACAUCACCGGCCUGUGCUGCUGCCCUCCGCUCAAGCUGUACGCCUGCUCCAGCCUGGACUGCACGGUCCGUGUCUGGACCGCCGACAACCGCCUGCUGCGGCUCCUGCAGCUGAGCGGGGCCCCUCAGGCCCUGGCCUUCUGCAGCAACGGUGGUGACCUGGUGCUGGCGCUGGGCUCACGCCUCUGCCUGGUGAACCACAAGCUCUACCUGCCUACCUCCUACCUGGUUAAGAGACUGUGUCAGAAAGCCCCCGAUGUCAUGGAUGACUCCCCACUGCCGCUGACCCCUGAGGAGCUGCCGCCUGCAGCUCAGCUGCACAGGUUGCUCGCCCUGCGCCGGGCGGCCAGCCUCAGUGCAGCCCUGCCCUUGGCCCGUCACCAGACGGCAGAGCCUCAGGAGCUGGAGCUGACGGAGGAUCUGGACAGCCUGGCGGCCCGGAACCGAGACCUUCAGCAGCUGAGGCUGGGGCUGGUGGUCCCGGAGGCCCCGCCCCAGCUGUCCUGGAGGCAGCGGCAGGAGGCCUUCAGCCAGUACCUCUGCGCCAUUGGCAGUGCGGGCCUGCUGGUGGCUGUGCGUCUGCCCCCCAUGCCCCAUCCCCCCACGCCCCUGCCGGUGGCUGUGCCUCUGCCCCCCAUGCCCCAUCCCCCCACGCCCCUGCCGGUGGCUGUGCCUCUGCCCCCCAUGCCCCAUCCCCCCACGCCCCUGCCGGUGGCUGUGCCUCUGCCCCCCAUGCCCCAUCCCCCCACGCCCCUGCCGGUGGCUGUGCCUCUGCCCCCCAUGCCCCAUCCCCCCACGCCCCUGCCGGACCCUGAGUCUGGAAGGGAGUCCCAGCAGUGGAGCAACCUGGAGCAAGACCCCGGGGACCCGUUGAAGUUGCUUGGUGCUAGGCGGCAGACAGUUACGCCCAGGGCCCAGCUCCCGCAGGGCGUGGACACCCAGGUUAAGCGCUUCGCUCGCCCACCCCGUGUCACCCUGCCCCUCCGGCCUUCCCACCAGGGGGUGCACAGCAAGGCAUCCCAGCUCCUAGCCCGCUCCUCUCUGAGCUACGAGCUGGGCCUGGGCAUGGACGCAGUGCUGUCAUCAGAUCAGCUCCCCUGGGAGAUGGCCACGGUCCGGGGCCGGAGCUCGCUGUCCUACCUGCAGCACCGGGUCCCCCUGCUGCUGAAGCGACGGCCGAGGGAGCGCCUGUCCAAGCUCCGGGGCUUCUUUCCCACCACCAUACACAAGGGCCGCCUGCCACCCAUCAACUUCCCGGGCUGUGUGCCCAACUCGGUGCUGCUGCAGCAGCUGUGGCUGCCGGCGGAGGUCGGCCACCUGGGGUCCCUGGUUCAGCUCAGGUCCCGUGCACGCAGGAGACGCAAGCCACAUGAGAGCUAUGACGAGUGGCUACGGCGCACCCGGCGGUCCAACAGCAACUGGAAGAGGAGGUGGAUGCAGUGGCUGCGGGGGAAGACGAGCACUGUGGACCUGAGGCUGCAGCGUCCGAAGGCCGGCAGGACCAAGGGCCGCGCUGGCGCCAAGCCUCGCCACCCGCACGCAGUCUGGCAGGAGCCCUACACGCACCUCCCCAGGUUCCUGCACUUCUUUGUCAGCCAGAACUGGUUCAAGAAAAUGUUCCCCACCUUCACCCUGCAGGCCUACCCUGAGAGCCACACGGUGGAGGGCUUGGCCCAGCUGCUGCUGUGCCAGCUGACCGAGUCUUCCUGGGCUGACCGCACGCACAUCCUACAUGCCCUUCUGCGGCUGCUGCCGGACUUGGGUAGUGAUGUACACCGGCGGCUGCAGGACCUCGUCCUGCAGCUACUAAACCUGGAAGAGCCGCCCAACUUCCAGGACCCCACCCAGAAGCAGUUCGUGCUGCUGGCGCUGCAGUUGCUUCUGGCUUGCUCGCUGGAGAGCCAUGACGUGGUGCUGGAGCUCAUGUCCUACGUCCUCUACUCCCCGGAGUCCUGCUGGCCAGAACUCAAGAGGCUGAUGGACGGGCUGGGCCUGCAGGACCCACAGGGCUUCCUGUUGAAGGAGAUGCUGACGUGGGCCCAGGGCACCCAGCUCACCUCCAAGGCCAUGCUGCGCAAACUCUGCUACCAGAAGCUGGAGGGCAUGGUGCAGCAACUGCAGGCGAGAGCCACGCGUCCAACAGCCAGGUCUCAGCUCUGUCUGCUUGCCCUUCCGCCCAAAGAGGCCCCAGCGACAAAGACCCCGCGGGCGCCGGGGCAGAGCGUCCCCGAGCUGCCCUCGCAGGUGGAGGCGCCUGGGCUGCCAUCCCGCACCUUGGGGACCAAGCACACGCUCUCGGAUACGCUUCAGAGCUUCUGCGGGGCGUCCGGCGCCAGACCGCACUUGCUCGGGCCCCCGGCUGCCACGCCGCUGCCGCUGCCGCCGCUGGAGAGGACGCAGUGGUCACGCACACAAGUGCUGGACCUGGGCUGCGUCGAUGCCCUCAACUACUUCUGCGAGCAGCAGCGGGCCAACCAGCUCAUCCUGCUCUGGGAAGAGGCGCAGCGCCUGCGCUCUCCCGCGCCCAACGCGGUGGGACGGCAGCCGCGCGACGUCAGGCGCUGCCCCAUCCUGCGCCUCCAGGAGGUGCCGGCUCCCAGUCCCGAGAAGAUGCUGCAGGGCGAGUGCGGGCGGGGCUGGGGCCUCCAGUCCACGCGCCCCGCAGGCCGCGCCCUGGACAGUUCCCUGCGGGCGCUCAAGCUGCCCCUGCCGCGCGUGGAGCUGCAGCCCUUCCCGCCGGGCUGGCCCCGGCCCGCACGCCCGCGCUGCCCGCUGCCGCUGCGGCCACUCCUGCAGCGCUACUUCGUGCCGGAGCUCGCGGACCCUGACAGCUGGCGCUGACCCC